UAGCCAACUUGGAUCAUCUCCUAGAUUUUAGGAGAAACACCAAGUUUGAAUUUGCUAAACCUGUGGGCUUUGCUGGCAGGAAAGAAACAUUCCACUUGUAGAGCAUAAAAUGGAUACAGAAGACAUGGGCUCAGGUAAACUGGGCCCAAUAUUGAAGCAGAUUUGGAGACAAAACCUGAUGCUAAAGCAGGUGCUUCUGGGUGAUGACCAAAGUGAAGGGACUUCUGGGGCCACUUGGGUAACCACAGUGGUCUUUCUGGGGUUAGAGCUCAGUGGAGCCCUCCACCAACUCCUGGAGCACACUGCAGGGACCCUGCACUCCUGCUGCCAGCGGCUGCAUGUACUGCUUGACAAGGAAAAGGAAUGCAUCUGGAGACAAGAAAUGAUUACUUUCAUAGACUGCCUCAUGAAAAUCAAUGAUUAUUUGGGGAGCACUGCUACACUUCUGAAAAAAGAAGAAAAGGAGAUGUGUAAUUUAUGCAGCAUGCAUGAUGAAUGUACUCCGCCUCAGACAAUGUCCGCCAUUCAAGAUAUCAAAGCAACAGACAUUGCUGCAAGUGGGGAACAGAAUGUCAUAGAAACAGCUACUUUUUCUCCCACAAACAGAGAGGAAAGUCAUUACACAAACCAGGUCCAGCUUAAAAAAACUGAAACACAAAUGAGUUCAGAAUUAGUGGUAAAAGAAAACAAUACAUCAUUGAAUAGAGAUAAAACAGGACAAGAGGAGUCAUGGAACAAAAUGUUCCCAGAUAAUACAGAAAAUGAAGAUGAUAAACAAAUUAAUCACAUGACUGUUGAGAACAUAAAUGGCAACAGGGAAGAGAUGCAUGACAUAACCCAGACAACAGAAAGAGAAAUUCAAGAGCCCUCAGAAAACCAAAGAGAGAUGACCACAUCCUCAAGAACAUGUGAUAUCUCCAAUAAAUGUAUGAAUAGUCUUCUCAAUUAUUCAGAUAGUUUAAAGCAAGAGAACAACAUAAUUGAAAAGGAGUAUCUUGACAUGCAGAGUGAUGAUAAUGACCCUCAAGUGUCUUGUUAUAUUACAGCUCAGUCAUACAUUCUACAGCAUCUAGAAUGCCGGAUAAUUAAUAAAAUGAGUUCCUUAGUAGUAAGUGAUAAUGAAGAGUUGGUCAGCAAUGUCAUCACCAUUGAGUGCUCACAUAGAGAAAAGAGAAUUCCAUUUCCGAUAUGCAUUGCAAUUCCAUUUACUGCACGUUACAGAGGAAAUUACAGGGACAUCAUGGUGAAAGUGUCUGAUGCAAACUUUCAAUCAAGUUACCUAACUCCAAAUUCAUUGGAGGGAAUGAGGGGAAAUUAUAAGGGGACCUGUGCAGAAGUGAAAGUUUACAAGUUGGGUAUCUUUUCUGUUGUGUCUUGUUUGAAGAAAGAGACCUUCACAAUAACAAAGAAAGGUCUUACGCUUAAGCCAAGCAUGGAUUCUCGAAUAUCCUUAAAUUACCCUCCAGGGGUUUUCAGCUCACCAGUGCUUGUGCAAUUAAAGGUCCAACCAAUAGAACCAUCUCUGGUGACAUGUUUAAAAACACAGCAAGAUACUUCCUACCUGGUAUUAGCCACGAGCCCUCUGAUGCAUAUUCAGCAUCCAUCAACGCAUCCUUUCCAGAAACCAGUCACCAUCUUCCUGCCUUGCUCUCAACACCCUGAUAAAAAGAAUCUUGGGCCUGAGACAGAUCAUAAAAGAACAGCUAGUGCCACCACAAACAGGAUCAUACCUUUAUACCUCAACUGGACCAAAAGUGCUUCCCUAAGAAAACCUGGGAACAAUGUCGGUGAAUCUUUGAAAUUACUAGGAUUCAGGAGCCGAGACAGUGGCUGGUUUGGACUUGAUAAUGUUGUGGUGAGAACCAUGCAGAGUGGCUUGAUAUCAUUUGAAUUGUGUGAGCAUUUAGAAAGGUUUAUUGUGCUUCAGCUCUCUUCCGUUGUGGACAACAGCCAUUUGGUGUCUUUUGUGAAAUCUUUAGAGGCAGCCCUGCUCAGCACAACCGCCUGUAUUGUGCUGUAUCACCAGAAAGACAAUCCACACCGAAUAGUCGUUUUAGUGGUGCCGUCUAAAGACCUAAACCAGGUGCUGAAGAACUUGCGCUCAGAAGGGCUCAGUGGCCCUCCGGAGCCAUCUCGACAUUUCCCAGUGAAAGAAGGAGAACAACUUCUUUUGAGGUUUACUGGAAACAUAUUUGCUUCAAGCAAUGGGAAGGAUUAUGGAAAAGACUACAAAAUUAUUUUUCAUUUACAAAGAAAACCCAGGCUGGAACUCCAAAUCAAAGAAGUGGAUGAAUUUGGAAACUAUAGCUGUCCUCAUUAUAAGGGCACCAUUGUAGUUUAUAAAAUCCCCAAAGAAAAGAUAGUGUCUAAUUUGGAUCAAUUUCUUAUGACCGAUGAAAACCGUGAUGAGUUGCCAAUUUGCAAAUUACCAUUGAGGUUGCCAAAGCAUAAAAAAUUAAUCAACCGUCCACAGAGUACCAAAAGAACUUCUGCAGAUCCUCUAGAAGCCCUGUGGGAGAACCUGCUCUACUGGCUGGCCGAGGAGCUCUCCGAGGAAAAUGCCACGUGCCUGUCCUUGUCGCUCCCCCUGCGCCGCAGCACUGUGCAGCUGAUCAAGCUGAAGAGUCCUGAUGACCUCACAGAGCAAAUCCACGAACUGCUUUCCUUCUGGAAAAGAUCACUUCCAAAUUCUACUGAUAAACUUCGCCUUCUGGCUCAUCACCUCCGCAAGAUAGGCAGGAGUGAUCUCUCAGAAAAGCUCAAGUUCAAGUGGGAAAAUAAAGUGUUCACUGAGCCACAGCAUUGGUUGGACAUGACAGAGUAACUCCAGGCUGCUCCUCUUUCUUUGGCUCUUGAUAUUGGGUCAGAGUAAGUUUUAAGACCUUUUCUAUCAACUUUUUUUUUAAUUUAAA